AUGCCGGGCAGAAAAUCAAACCUUUCAACCGUUACCAAUGGCGAUGAGGAGUCGCCUGCACCCACUGGCCGUGCAGCACGCGAGGGAUCAAGUGUAGAGGAUCUAUCCCUACCGCGAACUAUGAUUUCGCGGUUAGCAAAGGGUGUUCUACCUCCCAACACAUCAAUCCACAAGGAUGCUUUGCUGGCAUUAAGCAAAAGCUGUACUGUCUUUGUCAAUUUCCUGGCGUCCAACUCAAACGAAUACGCGCAACUCGGCGGCAAAAAGACAAUCCAACCCGCAGACGUGAUAGCAGCACUCAAAGAAAACGAAUUCGAGCACUUUAUCCCUCGUCUGGAAGCAGAACUCAAGAAAUACAACACAGUCCAAUGCGACAAACGCAACUCAUACCGCCGCAAGAUCCGCGAAGAGAAAGCCUCAUCAAAAACUGGCGGUGUCGACGAUGACGGUAAGCCCACAGACAGUGGAGCCGAGAACGGAGAUGCAGACGCCUCAAUGCUGGAUGCCACCGAAAUGUCUGGUGUGAACGGACACAGCAGAACUGGCGAUGAGGAACCACCGUCCAAGAAAUUGAGACGGGAGAAUGGUGAGGAAGAUGAGGAAGAGGUUGAUGAUGAAGAGUUUCAUGAUGCGUUGGAGGGUGAAGAUGAUGAGGUCGUCGAGGGUGAGGGCGAGGACGAGGGGGAUGAGGAAGAUGAGGAUGAAGAGGGUGAGGAGGAACAGGUCGAGGAUGGGGUUGAUGAGGAGGAGGAGAGGGUGGGUGAUGGUAUGAGGGAUGAGGCGUUGGACGAUGCCAGUGAGGAUAGUGAUUAG